ACCGAAGGCCCAAGGAAACAAAGUGCAAACAUCUGCAGGGUUUCACAGACAAACCAAAAAGAAAAAAAAUGGCUGCGGCAGCUUCUUCUUCUCUUCUCUUCAAUCCGUUGACUUUUCGUCUUUGUAACUCCGCGAAGAACCUAUCCUCUGACCUUUCUCCCCACACUCUCAAACUGGGUUCUUAUGGGCCCACUCUGAGAUUGAGGAAGCUGAAUUAUGGGAAGGGAUCAGCUUCUGGCUUCUCUGUUGUAUGUAAGGCUGUGUCCGUUAAGCCUGACACUCAGAUCGAAGGACUUAACAUUGCUGAUGAUGUUACUCAGCUUAUUGGGAAAACACCAAUGGUGUACUUGAACAAUAUUGUGAAGGGCUCUGUCGCAAAUAUUGCUGCCAAGCUUGAGAUUAUGGAACCAUGUUGCAGUGUGAAGGACAGGAUAGGGUACAGUAUGAUUGCUGAUGCUGAGCAAAGAGGAGUUAUAACACCUGGAAAGAGUAUUCUUGUGGAACCUACAAGUGGAAACACAGGCAUUGGCCUUGCAUUCAUAGCUGCCUCAAAAGGAUAUCAACUUAUCUUGACAAUGCCUGCAUCAAUGAGUUUGGAAAGAAGAGUUCUUUUGAAAGCAUUUGGAGCUGAGCUUGUUUUAACUGAUUCAGCUAAAGGCAUGAAGGGGGCAGUUCAGAAAGCUGAAGAGAUUUUGAAAAGCACACCCAAUGCCUACAUGCUUCAACAAUUUGAUAAUCCAUCAAAUCCUAAAAUACACUAUGAGACAACUGGACCAGAGAUCUGGGAAGACACCAGAGGCAAAGUGGACAUUUUUAUUGCAGGGAUAGGAACUGGUGGAACCAUAUCUGGAGUUGGUCGGUUCCUUAAAGAAAAAAAUCCUAAAAUCAAGGUUAUUGGUGUGGAACCCACAGAGAGCAACAUACUUUCUGGUGGAAAGCCCGGUCCUCACAAGAUUCAAGGGAUUGGAGCAGGUUUUGUACCUAGGAAUUUGGACCAAGAUGUGGUUGAUGAAGUUAUAGAGAUAACCAGUGAUGAAGCAGUUGAAACUGCAAAGCAAUUAGCCCUUCAGGAAGGCUUGUUGGUUGGCAUAUCCUCUGGAGCAGCAGCUGCUGCUGGAAUGAAGGUUGGGAAAAGACCCGAGAAUGUCGGGAAGCUGAUUGUGGUUGUGUUUCCAAGCUUUGGCGAGCGAUACCUCUCCUCUGUACUUUUCCAGUCUAUUCGAGAUGAAUGCGAGAAAAUGCAGCCUGAACCAUGAAGUCUCCUGUAUUUUUUGACAAAUAAAAGCAAAUUUUCCUCCUUAUAGAUUUUGUACCUUUUGGUGAUGGUAUGCAUACCAGAUGAACACCAUUGAGAAGGCCUUUACUUGAAAUUCUUCAACUAUGAGUUAAGACAGCAGUAAAAUACUAAGAUUCUUGACUGGAAUUCUCCUGCAAUUUCUUAAACAAAAUUGCAUUUUGUAUUUCACUGUUAUAGAACUCAAAAAUGACGCAGAACUCUAUAAACAGAAUAGAAAAGAUUGAAAGCUGUUCUUCUACCU